GGGCCGGCUGAGGGCAGCGGAGCUGCGGCCGGCUCCGGGCCCUGCUCCGCUCCCGCUCCUCUCCCUACAACUGCCCUCACACCGGAGUCCGCCGCCGCCGGGCCUUUCCCCGUGCCCGGUCCCGCCGCCGCCCCCGAUGAGGAUGGAGGCCCGGGGGGUGGCACGGGCCCGGCCCGGCCCGGCCUUCAAGGGCUUCGGCGCCGAGAGCAAGUUUAUCCCCUCCAAACUCAGCAGCUUCUCGUGCCCUGCCGGGAACUCCUCUUGCUCCCUCAGCUACACCCCAGAAAUUCCUGAAAGAUUUUCGGGAGCAAACGGGCAAUGGAGGAGCUCCAAGCCUCGGGGGAGCCGAAGCUCCUUCCUGGAGACCCGGAAAAAUUCCAGCGGGAAUUCCAGCACUUUUGGGGGAAAAUCUGCUCUCCACGGAGCCUCUUUCCCCCUCAAGCCAGCCCCGAGCCCCUCCUGGAGUCGCCGCAGCCCCAAGAAGGCCCCACGGCGCUUCCUGAGUGCAGCUGAGGAGACCGUGCGGGAGGAGGAGCGGGAGAUUUACCGGCAGCUGCUGCAGAUGGUGACUGGGAAGAGAUUCUCCAGCUGCAAACCCUCCCCGCUGCUCCCCUUCCACCUGUCCCGCUGUCCCCGUUCCGGCCCCUCCCUGCCCCAAGAGGCUCCCAGGGACGAUCCUGAGGCGCUGGAAAUUCGGAAAAUUCCUGUUCCACAUCCCCUAGAGCCACCCCAGAAUUCCCAAAAUCCCCCCCUGGGCCCCUCUCCGGGGUUUCCUGGGGGGUUCCAGCCCCAGAAUUCUGUGGCCCCACAGCAGCAGGAGGAGGAGCCGGUGACCGGGGCUCAGAGUGAAGGGUCAGAUGCUGUCAUUUUGCUCAAGGUCAAGGACUCCAGGACUCCAGCUCCAAGCCUCCCCUUUUUUCAGGCUGAGCUAUGGAUCAAAGAACUGACCAGCGUUUACGAUUCCCGAGCCAGAGAGAGGUGGAGGCAAAUCGAAGAGCAGAAAGCUCUGGCCCUGCAGCUCCAGAGCCAACGCCUCCAGGAGCAGGAGCGCUCCGUGCAGGACCUGGUGGAUCUGCACCUGCGCGUGCCCCUGGAGAAGGAGAUCCCCGUGGCUGUGGGGCCAGAGGGGCCGGAGCGUGCCCGGCCAGGCCAGGGUGAUGAUGAAUUCCCAGAGAUCACUGAGGAAAUGGAGAAAGAAAUCAAGAGCCUGUUCCGAGGGGGAAACCAGGACGAGGUGCUGAGCGAGGCUUUCCGCCUGACCAUCACCAGGAAGGACAUCCAGACCCUCAACAACCUCAACUGGCUCAAUGACGAGAUCAUCAAUUUCUACAUGAAUUUGCUGAUGGAGAGGAGCAAGGAGAAGGAUUUACCCGCAGUCCAUGCCUUCAACACCUUUUUCUUCACCAAAUUAAAGACUGCAGGCUACCAGGCUGUCAAGAGAUGGACAAAAAAAGUAGAUAUUUUCUCUGUGGAUCUGCUCCUGGUGCCAAUCCACCUGGGAGUGCACUGGUGCCUGGCUGUCGUGGAUUUCAGGAAAAAAACCAUCACAUACUACGAUUCCAUGGGGGGGAUCAACAGUGAGGCCUGCAGGAUCCUGCUGCAGUACCUGAAACAGGAAAGUUUGGAUAAGAAAAGGAAGGAAUUCGACACCAAUGGAUGGGCCCUGCUGAGCAAGAAGAGCCAGGAGAUCCCACAGCAGAUGAACGGCAGCGACUGCGGGAUGUUCGCCUGCAGAUACGCCGAGUGCAUCUCCAAGGACAAACCCAUCAACUUCACCCAGCAACACAUGCCCUACUUCCGGAAGAGGAUGGCCUGGGAAAUCCUGCACAGGAAGCUCCUCUGAUGCCGGGAAAAUCCCAAAAUUCCAGAGAUUUGGAUCAGAAGAAUCCCGGGAUUCUCCUCGGGACACAGUCAAGGAACUCCGGGUCCUGCUCUUCCAAAAACCCCCCCUUGGAUUUGGGGGGAAUAGAAAAGUUUGGAAGCAUAGUUGGGAUUUUGUGGAGGUUUUUUCCCUCUUUUUUGAGAUUCCAGGAUGGAUUUUCCUGCUUCUCCAUCUGCUGGGAUGGAGAAAUUUGGGAAUGUUGGGUUUUUUUGGAGCCGGAUUUUCAAGAAAAGGGAGGUGCCUCCAUGGAUUUGGGUUGGGAAAAGCAAGGGUAGGGUUUGGGUCUGGAGGGAAUUUUUGGAGAUAAUUCCAAAUUUUUCCACCUCAUUCCCAAAGUUUGGGGAUUUUAUUCAUGGGAAAACCUGGAAUGGGAUCCCUGGGAAUAAUUCCUGCCUAAAUCCCAUUUUUUUACCAGUUUUUCUUACCAUAUUGCAUAUUUUUAGCAUGUUUUUUUUUUUUCUGGGAUUAAGUUCUGGAAUGCCAGAAUUCCUCUGGAUUUAUACCCAAACUUUGCUUUUCCGAGGGAUAAACCCCAAAACCUGAGCAAAAUCCAGGCUUUUUGGAGAAUUUUUGGGAAUUCUCCCCUCCUUUUCAAGCUGCUUUGUCCCAGCAGCUCCUGUUGCUUUUUCCAGCUGCUUUUCACACUUUUUCCAGGAAAAAAAAAACCCUCCCAAAUCCCAGGAACUGCAGAACCAUGAGAAAAGCCCCAAAAUCCUGGAAUCCCUUCAAUUUUUCCCAAAAACCCCUGGAUUUUUUGGGGGAGCUUUUCGCAUCCCUUUCCCCGGAUUAAUUUAUUCCCUAAUUUUUUUGGAGCUUCCCAAGCCUCUGGAUUUGCUCUUCCUGGUGGAAAAGAUUUUUAAGGAGAAGAAAAGUGGGAAAAAAAAUUCCAAAAUUUUUGUAUUUUCCCUCUCCUGUGGGAGGUGGGAAUUUUUUCUAUUUUUCCCGAGCUGGGAGCUGAAGUUUUGUACUGAAUUCCCGAAUUUUUGGAGCCCUUUUUCCCGAUUUUUCCCAGCCCUUUGUGUCCCUUUGGAUCCCAAAUUCUUCUCCCUGUUUUGUACCAGAUUCGUUUCCUACUUUUUUUAUCUUUUAUUGGAAUUAAAAAUCUGAAAAAAAUCCUGCCAUUAUGGAAUUUCCCUGCUUUU